UGAAUUUCCAUUGCAGUUUUUUUUUUCUAUUGAAUUUCCAUUGCAGUUGUUUUUCUAUUGAUUUUCCAUUGCAAUGGGCGCCGAUGUUCUGCCGCCGUCCGCAACGAGCACUGCCGCAGUCGCAGCGCCGUCCAAGCAGGAGCUGUACAUGCUCGUCGUCUCUGAGAUUGCCGCGCGACUGGUGCAGGCGUGCGACGACGGCACAGAGUUCAACCUGAACAAGCUUCGCCAACAAAUGGCGCUCAAGUACCGAAUUGCAGGAACACCAAAGCUGGUCGAUAUCAUUGCUGCCAUCCCGGCUUCACACCGCAAGCAGCUGUUGCCAGUUUUGCGCGCCAAGCCAAUCCGUACUGCCUCGGGUAUUGCAGUGGUGGCAGUCAUGUGCAAGCCUCAUCGGUGCCCGCACAUUGCAAUGACGGGAAACGUGUGCACGUAUUGCCCCGGUGGCCCCGAUUCAGACUUUGAGUACUCGACACAAUCCUACACUGGUUACGAGCCGACUUCCAUGCGUGCCAUCCGCGCUCGCUACAACCCAUAUUUGCAGACCCGGCAUCGCGUGGAUCAGCUCAAACGUCUCGGCCACAGUGUUGACAAGGUCGAGUUCAUCGUGAUGGGUGGAACGUUCAUGUCCCUCGACCCGGAAUACCGCGAUUACUUUAUUCGCAACCUCCACGAUGCCCUCUCGGGGCACACGAGCAACGACGUGGACGAGGCGGUGCGAUAUUCAGAGCGCAGCAACACAAAGUGCAUUGGCAUCACGAUUGAAACGCGGCCCGACUACUGCCUCAAGCCGCACAUCAGCUCGAUGCUGAGCUACGGCUGCACACGUCUUGAAAUUGGUGUCCAGAGCGUGUAUGAAGACGUCGCACGCGAUACCAACCGUGGACACACUGUGCGCGCCGUGUGCGAGUGCUUCCAGCUCGGCAAGGACUCUGGCUACAAGGUUGUGACCCACAUGAUGCCAGACUUGCCCAACGUGGGCUUGGAGCGUGAUUUGGAAGGGUUUGUCGAAUUUUUCGAAAACCCGGCCUUCCGACCUGACGGUCUGAAAUUGUAUCCGACGUUGGUCAUCCGCGGCACUGGUCUGUACGAGCUGUGGAAGACGGGUCGCUAUCGAAGCUAUCCCCCGAGCGUGCUGGUGGAUCUGAUUGCCAAGGUCAUGGCCCUUGUUCCUCCGUGGACGCGCAUUUACCGAGUUCAGCGUGACAUCCCAAUGCCGCUGGUCAGCUCGGGCGUUGAGCAUGGCAACUUGCGUGAGCUUGCGCUUGAGCGCAUGCGAGACCUCGGCAGUGAGUGCCGGGACGUUCGCACGCGCGAGGUUGGUAUUCAAGAAAUCCACAACAAGGUUCGCCCGUAUCAGAUUGAACUGAUUCGACGUGACUAUGUGGCCAAUGGCGGCUGGGAGACCUUCCUCUCGUAUGAAGACCCAGAGCAAGACAUUCUUAUCGGCUUGCUGCGAUUACGCAAGUGCUCGGAGGCGACUUUCCGCCCCGAGCUCAAGGACCGCUGCUCCAUCGUCCGCGAGCUGCAUGUCUAUGGCAGUGUAGUUCCAGUGCAUUCGCGGGAUCCGACAAAGUUCCAGCACCAGGGCUUUGGUAUGCUUCUUAUGGAGGAGGCCGCUCGCAUUGCACGAGAGGAGCACGGUUCAAUCAAGCUGGCCGUCAUUUCCGGUGUCGGCACGCGCGAUUACUACCGCAAGCUUGGCUAUGAGCUGGAUGGGCCCUACAUGUCCAAAUCUCUCUUGUAGUGCGCCAUUAUUUGUGCUCGCGUUGAGUUUGCAUGAUGUCGUCAGAGGUGCUCCCAGCUCUUUGAGUUUUGUUGGUUAGUUGUUUGAUUGUAUUGUUGUUUAAAACGGCAACCCAUUUUCCCCUGGGCUCUUUCCA